AUGAGACAUCUUACACUGCUGCUCAUAGGCUUUUUGGGAUUCUCCUUGGCUACGGAGGAAUUGCAACGACGGCCACGAAAUCCACCACAAAUAUACUACACACAACAAGGACCACCAGGACCGCCGGGUCCACCAGGUCUGCCCGGACCAAUGGGUAACAAAGGGCCGAGAGGACCAACUGGUGACAUUGGACCGGCCGGUACACAAGGACCCCAAGGUUCACCGGGACCAGAUGGACGUGAUGGACCGAAUGGUAUGCAAGGACCUCAUGGACUGAGAGGAAGACGAGGUUUUCCUGGAGCUCGUGGACCACCAGGCCAGCCAGGGCCACCAGGUUUAAUGGGUCCACCUGGACCACCCGGGCCAGCUGGUACAUCGGCACGUAGUAUGUUUUCGUUUAUCGAAGCUGAAGAUGAAUAUGAUGAUGAAUUGUGAAAAA